GGGGCCGGGCGCAGCCGUCGGGGGGAUCCCGACCCAGGCCCGAGCCCGGUCACCGCCUCUGGCGCCCGCGGAGAGCCUCGGGCCUCCGCCACCAUUGCACCCAAGAGUGAGGAGGAUCUGCUGGCCCUGGCCGCGUCGCGGCUGAGCCGCCGCAAGAGGGUGGCGGGCGCGGCCGUCGGGGUGGCCAUGGUGCUGCUGCUGCUGGUGGCCAUUCCGCUGCUAGUGCACAGCUCCCGCGGGCCGGCGCACUACGAGAUGCUGGGUCGCUGCCGCAUGGUGUGCGACCCCCACGGGCCGCGAGGCCCAGGACCCGACGGCGCGCCCGCCUCCGUACCCCCCUUCUCUCAGGGCGCCAAGGGAGAGGUGGGCCGGCGCGGGAAGGCAGGUCUGCGAGGGCCCCCGGGACCACCAGGUCCCAGAGGACCUCCAGGAGAGCCGGGCAGGCCAGGUCCCCCGGGCCCUCCAGGCCCAGGCCCCGGCGGGGUAGCGCCCCCUGCCGGCUACGUGCCUCGAAUUGCCUUCUAUGCUGGCCUGCGGCGGCCACACGAAGGUUACGAAGUGCUGCGCUUCGACGACGUGGUGACCAACGUGGGCAACGCUUACGAGGCAGCCAGUGGCAAGUUCACCUGCCCCAUGCCAGGUGUCUACUUCUUCGCUUACCAUGUGCUUAUGCGCGGCGGUGACGGCACCAGCAUGUGGGCGGACUUGAUGAAGAAUGGACAGGUCCGGGCCAGCGCCAUUGCUCAGGACGCGGACCAGAACUACGACUACGCCAGCAACAGCGUCAUCCUGCACCUGGAUGUGGGAGAUGAAGUCUUCAUCAAGCUGGACGGCGGGAAGGUGCACGGCGGUAACACCAACAAGUACAGCACCUUCUCUGGCUUCAUCAUCUACCCGGACUGA